AUGAACAACUCAACCACCCCAACUAAUGGCCUUGUUGUCACUCCAGAGAUGUGGCAGCAGAUGCAAUCAAUGCUUGCGCUCUUCCAAAAAUCCACAUCAGCUCCAGUUCCGGCUUCUUUGGAUCAACAACCUUCAGCCAAACCAACCCAUCAAGCCUCUCUAACCAGCACCACAUCCAUCUUGGAUUCCAACUUGGGGCCUCAACAAUCCAAUCAGCCUCAAGAAUCCAAUCAGCCUCAAGAAUCCAAUCAGCCAGAAUCAGACAAUGAAGUGACUUCGGAUGAUAGUGGCUUUAAAAACCACAAAAAGAAAUCUACAGCCCCUCCAAACAAGCAAUCACCUCCUAUCAUCAACACACAAGUUGCUCAAAACCACUCCAGAAACAAAGAUCAAGACCUUGACGUGAUUUCAGAUGUGAAAAGUUAUGACUUUAGCAUUGGUGGUAAGUGGCCAUCAGCAUGCUUUUUACUCUCAGAUUUUGACUGA